AUGGAAAAAAAGAAAUAUGUAUUAGAUGCAAAUAGUUUAAUUAAAUUUAAGGAUUUCCUACAUAUGAAAUAUGAAUGUUACAUAACAGAAGGAGUAAUAAAAGAAAUAAAAGAUGAACAUUCGAAAAAGAAAUUAAGUAACAUUCUUCCAUUAUUAAAAAUUGAGAGAGCUGAAGAAAAAGAUAUUAAUUUUAUAAAAUAUUUUUCAAAAUUAACUGGUGAUUAUGAUUCAUUAAGUGAAGUAGAUAUAGAAGUUAUAGCAUUAACUUAUAUGCUCCAUAGAAAAUAUGGCGAUAUAUCAAAAUUACGAUCAACUCCUUUAGAAACGAUAUAUAAAUAUGACGAUGUUACAUAUGAUUAUUCCAAUGUUAUCAAUAAAAAAAAAUUUAAUAAAAAAAAUCGUAAAAAUAAAAAUGUAAUAGAAGAAAUAAACUCAAUUAAUUGUUAUGAAAAUUUAGAAGAAGAAAGGAUAUUUGAUAAAAAAAAUAAUGUAGAAAAUGAAAAUGAAUUUAAAAGAGAAGAUUUUGUAAUGAAGAGUGAAGAAGAAAAUGAAAAAAGUAAUAUGAAUUGUAAAAACAAAGAAAUUGGUAAAAAUGAAAUAACUGCUGAAAAUGAAAAUGAUAAAAAUGAAUUAAUUAAUGAAAAUGAAAAUAAGAAAAAUGAAAUAAUUGAAGAAAAUAAAGAAUAUAGUGAAAAUGAAAAAUAUAAUGAAAAUGAAAAUAAGAAAAAUGAAAUAAUUGAAGAAAAUAAAGAAUAUAGUGAAAAUGAAAAAUAUAGUGAAAAUGAAAAAUAUAGUGAAAAUGAAAAAUAUAGUGAAAGUGAAAAAUAUAAUGAAAGUGAAAAAUAUAAUGAAAGUGAAAAAUAUAGUGAAAAUGAAAAAUAUUAUGAAAAUGAAAUAAUUGAAGAAAAUAAAGAACAUAGUGAAAGUGAAAAAUAUAAUGAAAGUGAUGUAACUGAAGAAAAUGAUGGAAUUUAUACCAUCAAAAAAGGGAAUAAAAAAAUAUUAGGAUGUGAAACAAUAAAAGAAGAAGUAAUAGAAGUAAUAUCAAAUGAUGAUGAAGAUAAAGAUGGAAAGUGGAUAAAUAUAAAUAAUAUUGAUACACUUAAUUUAAAUAUAGAUACAGAAGAACAAUUUGAUGCAAAUAUUGCUUGUGUUACUACAGAUUAUGCAAUGCAAAAUGUUCUUUAUCAAAUUGGAUUAAAUGUAAUAACAAUAGAUGGAUACAAAAUAAACUCAAUUAAAUUAUGGGGAUAUUUUUGUACUUCUUGUUAUUUUUUUAUGAGACGAAAUUCUAUAUUGUUUUGUUCUAAAUGUGGUAAUAAUAAUCUAAGAAAAGUAAAUGUUAUUGUAGAUAAUAAUUUAAAAAAGUUAGUUGUGAAAAUUCCACAGUUUAGAAUAAACAAUAAAAACACUAUUUUUAGUAUUCCUAGAAAGAAAAAAAAAAGUAAAUUUGAAGAAAAAUUGCAAAUUUUUAGAGAAGAUGAAUUAUUAAUUGGUGGUAGGAAACAGUAUAUAGCUCAUCAAAAAAAAUUAUAUGAAAGUCAAAAAAACAUAAAAAAUCCUUUUAACGAUAAUAAUAUUUAUGAUUAUAAUGAUUGGGCAUAUAGAACAACAUUGAAAAGUGGAAAAGUUGCAGUUUUAAAAAACCCAAAAAUUAUUAUUGGAGGAAAAAGAAAUUCCCACAAAAAAAAAAGAUAA